AUGAAGUGUUUCUUCUUCAAAGACAAGUGUAAAUCCGCCCCUGAAUUGCAUAAGAAGAAAAACCCCGCCGUGAACCGCGCCGCCAACUCCACCGGCUCCCUGUCUUCGCCCAAGAGCGUGAAGGACUUGUACAGAGAGAAAGAGAACAGCUUCAGAGUUUUCACUUUGCAAGAGCUCAGAGAUGCCACCGAAGGUUUCAAUAGGACGCUCAAGCUUGGCGAAGGGGGGUUCGGGAGUGUGUAUAAAGGUUCCAUCAGACCUUCCGAUGGGCAAGGUGAUCCAUUUCCGGUUGCUAUCAAAAGGCUCAACACGCGUGGCUUCCAGGGUCAUAAAGAAUGGCUUGCUGAAGUUCAAUUUCUUGGCAUUGUUAAUCACCCAAAUUUGGUUAAGCUUUUGGGGUACUGCUCCGUGGACGGAGAAAGAGGAAUCCAACGGCUGUUGGUGUAUGAGUUCAUGCCCAACAGGAGCUUGGAGGAUCACCUCUUCAAUAAAAGUUUACCACCCCUGCCUUGGAAAACAAGAUUGGAGGUCAUGCUUGGUGCUGCUCAAGGAUUAGCUUAUCUCCAUGAAGGACUGGAGAUUCAGGUGAUCUACCGAGAUUUCAAGUCUUCAAAUGUUCUAUUGGAUGCGGACUUCCAUCCAAAGCUCUCAGAUUUUGGUCUUGCUAGAGAAGGACCACAAGGUGAUCAGACUCAUGUAUCCACUGCGGUGGUCGGGACACAAGGAUAUGCUGCACCAGAGUACAUUGAAACGGGUCAUCUAAAAGUUCAGAGCGACAUGUGGAGUUUUGGUGUAGUACUUUAUGAGAUCCUCACAGGAAGAAGAUCAUUGGAAAGAAACCGUCCCACAGCAGAACAAAAGCUUUUAGAUUGGGUCAAACAGUACCCUGCUGACACCAGCAGGUUCGUGGUGAUAAUGGACCCACGUCUCAGGAACCAGUAUUCUCCCCAAGCAGCUCGCAAAAUAGCCAAGUUGGCUGAUAGCUGCUUGAAGAAGAAUCCAGAAGAUAGACCAUCCAUGACUCAGAUAGUUGAAGUCUUGAAGCAAGCAUUGCAACACUCAGAAACUUCAAACUCUUCUUCUCAAGACAUUGCUGAAUCCUCCUCAUCUCGUUCCAAAUUGGUCCGAAAAGGUAAAUAG